UAGGCUCAGGGAGGGAAGCUUCAAACCUUAGAAACAAGAUGGCGGCGGCGGUGGAACCACAGAGGCUGUGAGAGACCCCAGCGGGGUCGCCGUCCUCAGCCGAGAGCAGUCACGGGAGCGGUUCAGGGCUGUCUCUCCAGGCGACCCCGCCGGGCCGAGUUUCUCCCGCUCUGCCGCCGUUGCACGGGGAUGAGGAGAGCCAUUGACGCCUGUGAGAGAGGUGCGCAUGCGCCGCCGCAGUAAGCAUGCGCAGGUGUGCCUCCUCUUCUCCUUGGACGCCCUCUAGUGGCAAAAUGAACGAUUUGCAGCUGUCAGCCGAGCUGUGCGAGGCUCUGCGGGGCGGAGAGGACGAGAUGGUGGAAGCCCUCCUCCAGCGGGGCGCAGACCCCAACUUGGUUCUACCCGAGGGGAUCGCUGCCAUCCAUCUGGCCGCCGGCAUGGAGCAGGAGAAGGGGGUCCGCUGCCUUGGCCUCCUCCUGCAGUACGGUGGAGACCCCAAUGUCAGGUCUGUGGACGGCCUCACCCCCUUGCACGUUGCGGCUUCCUGGGGGUGCUACACGUGCUUAAGGCUCUUGCUGAUGGAAGGAGGAGACCCUCGGCUCAAGGAUCAGGACGGGAACACAGCCAUCGAUCUGGCCUCGGAGGAGGGGAACAAGAUGUGCGUCCACAUCCUGCAGGGAUUCCUGGAAGAGACUGGACAGAGCUCUUGCAUACCCUGGCGAAGAGCAGAAAGCUUUCUCUCCACUGUGAAUGAAGACACCUUGGAUCCUGCAGGGGCACUGGGGCUUGAGGACUGUCGCCCCGACCCAUUCGGAAGAACCCCACAGUCGCCUUCGAGCGAGAGCCUCCAAUGCACGGGGCCACGCAGCCCCCUCCCUCGCCUGGCUGCAGCUGCUCCAGAGAACCGCCCAGAUUUUAACGUUAAAUCCUUUUCCUUUGAGGACAAGCUCUCCUCUUCGUUCCUCACAGAGUGUUCUUGGGAACCCAGCACGUUGUUUGAUCAGGGCGACCUCUGCGCUCAGCCAGUGGUCUCAUCCAGCAGUGUACCUGGGAAGGUAGCCUCGAGUCCGUCUCCCGCACGGGGUUUCCCCAUUGACAGGCCUGUACACCCCAAAGAGGAGGCAGAUGUCGGCACGACCCAAUCUCGGCCUGUUCUGGAUACUACAGCGAGGGGGUGCUCUUUGUUUCCAGGUCCAAACGGCGUCCUUUUCCAUUCCACUCUAAUCUACUCUGAGUCUCGCAAGUCCGCAAUGAGCCUUGAAAUGCCAAACACUACUGGAUCCCAGGAGAUCCCUGGGCCCUUGCCCACUUGUGCAAUUCAGUCUGAAUGUAAAGCAGGUCACAUUCCUAGCACACAGGGCGCCAACAUGACCCUCGACCUCUCUCAGUACAACAGCUUCCUAGACCCAGACCUCAUGGUGCGGGUCGCCAGCUGUGAAGGGCUGGACGUCACCUCCCCUGAUCACACCUACCUUUUCUCCUGGGCAGGCCCCACGGCUGCCGUGGACUUGGAAAAGACUGUGGUCGCCCCGGCGUUCCUGUCGAGGGCCUGCAGGAAUCUGGACGGAUGCUCUGCAGGAGAUAAGUCAUUCAGCGGAAGCUCCGACAGUGGCAGCGGUGGCCGAUAUGCCUCAUGCGACAGCGAAUGUUACGCAAGCACUACAGAAGCACCAUGGUGCAGCAAGGCUCAGUCCCACGAGGAACAAAGGGGCAGCUUCGGCUGUUGUUCACCCGGCCCCCACAGCAUCGGGAGCAACAAUUUGAUGCACCUUGGACUGUCGCCCAGGGUACCAGUGUGCAGCUCAGAAAAGCAGGUAGAGGCAGUGUCAGCAGCUUUUAGCGGGAGGGUUUCACCUGCUAGAGCUGACAAUCUGAGGCCCUUGCACGAUGGAAUUCAUUGUAAGGAAGUGUCUCUCAAUGCAUGCACUGGGAGGCGACCUCUGGAUCUCUGCAGCACUGGGACGAACGAAUGUGCUGGAAACAUUGGGGAGCUGGAUUUCUCCCAGGAUGGGAUUCUUGCAAAUCCUCCUUUGCAAAAGAGAGGAGACCAGCACCGGAGCAUGCUGCCGUUGGGGGAGACACAGAAGGCGAUGAUCUCUGGCGCAGAGAACGAGUGUCUUUUUGAAAUUUCCUCUUUCAAUGGAAAAGCUGCUAGUUGGGAACCGCGAGGUGAACUCAAAGGAACUGUGCCGGCUGAAGAAGCCUGGGCAGAGCUGAAUGAGGGGGAGAGGAGAGGGGGCACGCGAGGAUCCCAUUGCUCUAUGAGCACCCAGGAUGUAGAGGAGAAAGGAGAGAGGUUGCAGACUCAAGACACGGUGCUUAUAGAGAGGACACCUGAAGAGACAAAGCCACUCUUAGGCAACGAGAACCCCGUCUCUCCUGACACAGUGGCUGUCCCGAGUCAAACUCCUCCAGAUGCCCGAGAAGACGAACCCACCAGCCUGGAUGCAAAGCUGAGGUCGAUGAUGCUGGCAACCAAGAUCUGCCAUUCGCCAUUGCUCCGGCUGAACCAGAGGCCCUGCUACGUGACACCUAGGACCAAAAGCCGCACAAUUGCCUCGGAUGGUCACAGUGCCAGCAGCUCCUCCUCCCUCUUUGAUGAGUCCCUGGAGACACCGUGGCGUCCUAGGCGAGUAAGGAGCCCCGGGGGGAUGACACCGACCUCCGGUAAGGGGCAGAAUCGGGUUGCUGACCAGGGGAACAGGGGCCCGCCUUGUGUGGCAGAGGAGGAAAACGGUGACCUGGACGAUACCGUAUUAAUCGGGGCUGGUCCCGGCAGUUGUAAGCCGGCCAGCUGCACGGGAUCUGCCCCUUCAGGUUCUGCUGUCUCCAGCCCAGCUGUGCCAGCAAGCUCUGGGAGACAUUUCUGUGGAGGUGAUGAACUUUUGGAUGUAAAGCUUGGCGCUGAUUGUGCGAGAGAUUUGGAGGAGGAACUUCCCUCAGAGGAGGAGACGUUGCCACCCAGGAAUAGAAAGGACGAUUGCCCUGUCCAAGAAACAGCGGAUGUUGUCCCUUCUUGGACUGAUCCUGAUCAGUCAAGCGCGAGGCACAGUAGGACCAAGAGGCAGGGCCGUCCCUCAAGGGUGAGCUUCAGCCGGCUGUCUGCGAGAGGGCUGCCCUCUGUGCCAAGAGCCUCCAUUCUUCUGUGUGGAAACAUGAGCCCCGUCGCUCAAGGUGUCCCGCUGUCGCCCGGUGGCCGGCCUGUGAACCUGAGUGCCACCGAGCCCGUGGAAUACCUUUACGUGGAUGAGGACAAAGGGCACUCCCUCAUUGAGCGGCACGUUCCUUGCAGGGACGACUCUGUGGCCAACGCUACCGGUUCCGAAGACACCAUCAUUUAUGACUGGCGGGCGUAUGCAAGCCAAGCACUGGGGCCGGUGAACAAGGUCAGCGGCCCCCCAGAGGCCACCUCAGAGCUGCAGCACCUCUCAGAUGGAGAGCUGGUCCGGCGGCUGCGAGACUUUGGCGUCAACCCGGGACCCGUGACGGCUCUCACCAGGAAGGUUUACACGCAGCUGUUGGAGAAGCUGAUGAGCGACCCGAAGACCAAGGCCCGGAAGGGCUCUGCAGGCUACAGCCUGGAACUGUCUUCAGCCCUGGACACGUACCAGAUCCCGGAUGGCAAAGACGACGAGAUGACUCUGGCCGGGCAGUUCGACCAGCCAGACAAGAGCCGUAAGUGGAGGGAAGGCCUGCUCAAAUCCAGCUUUAACUACCUGCUGUUGGAUCCGAGGGUGACCCAGAACCUGCCCUUCCGUUGCCAGUACGUCAGCCAGGCAGAGUGCUUCCGGACAUUUGUCAGCGCCAUCUUCUACGUGGGCAAAGGAAAGCGCUCCAGGCCGUAUUGCCACCUCUACGAGGCCUUGGCCCACUACAGGGAGAGCCGGAGGAAGCGCGGGGCCCAGGCAUGUGCCAAAGUCCAGCAUAUCCUGGAAAUCUGGGCGAGCGGGCAGGGCGUCAUCUCCAUGCACUGCUUCCAGAACGUCAUUCCGGUGGAAGCCUACACGCGGGAGGCUUGCAUGGUCGACAGCGUCGGGCUGAAGAUGCUGACCAAUCAGAAGAGGGGGAAUUACUACGGCGUUGUGGCGGGCUGGCCAAUGAAGCGAAGGCGGUGCCUUGGCGUCCAUCUCCUGCACAGAGCUAUGCAGAUUUUCCUGGCAGAAGGGGAACGGCAGCUGCGUCCCGCAGACAUCCAAACCGGCCAGUGACGGGGAAAUAGGAUCCCUGGCUGUUCUCUCGUUCGGCUGCCAUCUUGGCACAACCUGCGCCCAGCCACGUAGUCCCAACCUGAUUCUCUCGGCUGAGUUAAGUCCACCGUUAUAUUGCGCGUGACAGCUUAGGCUAGGACUUAGGCCUGCAACGCCGGCCUCUGUUCAUUUUCCCACUUGGCUUAAGCGGGGAGUUCAUUGGGAAUGUGGAACUCCUUGCCACUGGAUUCCCGGAUGCCACAGCACAAAGAAGCACCGGCGAUGGAGACGUUAUCGCAGUGUGUGAGUUGCAGAACCACCCCAGGGGGACGUGCACGUGUGGUGGUGGUGGUGUCUGUCUGGAAAAGGGUAACUUGGUUGGAUUCUUGGGAAGGGCUGUUCUGCUUCUCACCCCUCACAAAGGAAUGCGUGAAUCAGUGUCUUCUUGUGCAAGUAAUCCCAGGCCUAGGGGAUGCUGGGAAAGGGAAACCAGCUCCUAAAGGCUGCUUAGAGGUUUUUCUCUGCAUUUGUCCCUGCUGGGAAUGAACAGAAUUGAAUGUUCAUCUCUCUCUCUCUCGUAAUGGGAUCUUCUCUGCCCUCGUGCACCAGAAACACUUUCUAUGUAAUUGUGGGAAGUGUGUGUCUGUGUGGCAUUGUUGUUUUAAUUCUGUAAUUAACGCUUUUGUGUUUUGUUUUUACAUUUUUCUAAUUCAACUUUUCUCUGGGAUCGUGUCGAAUCUGAUGAAAUUAAA